AUCUCUGUUACAGCUGCAUGCUCUGUGAAACUAGCUAGCUAGCUAUCUUGCAUGCAGUGAGUGAGUGGCACCAACUAUAAUGGAAGAGGCUGCAGAUACUGCUCAAGUGAACUUUGAAAUAGUUGACUUGUACAGUCUGGACCGUGAGACUGCUCUCAUUGACACUCCAUAUGGAGGGGUAUCAGUUACACUCCAGGGUGAUAAAGGAGACCCUGCUAUCCUUACCUAUCAUGAUAUCGGACUCAACCAUUGUAGCAACUUUGGCACCUUCCUAGGGAGCAAGUCUAUGGAGGCCCUGGCUGACAAGUUCUGCUGGUAUCACAUCAACGCCCCAGGGCAGGAAUUUGGAGCUGAGAAGUUGCCAGUCGACUUUUCCUAUCCCACCAUGACACAACUGGCGGAGCAAAUAGAGUACAUUAUGGACUACUACCAGCUGGCCCACUUUAUCGGCCUGGGGGUAGGAGCUGGAGCCAAUGUUCUCGCUAGAUAUGCUAUGCUGAAUCCAGAGCGUGUCAGUGGUCUUAUCUUAAUCAACUUGGAGCCACAAGCCAUGUCCUGGACCCACCCAGCCUGGCUGUCUGGAAAGGCUGUCCAGUGGCAGUUGAAAGGACGUGAGAUUGGAAUUCCUCGACUAGCGGCCAUCCAUCUCAAACACCACGCUUUUGGUUCAAUUUCUGGAGCACUGGAUGGAGAUUUAGUGCGAUCCUACAUGGAAGAGCUUAGUGUUCAGCAGCCCAACAACCUGGCCCUGCUCAUGGACUCCUACCACAAGCGGUCCAGUAUAACUGGCGACUUCAUCAAGCUUAUGGAGUGUCCCUGUCUGUUUGUUGUGUCUGGUAGUUUCACACACAAGGAAACGCUGGUCAAGCUCUGCUCACUGCUGCCACAAGGAAAAGCAACUUAUCUGGAGAUUUCCAACACAAGUGGACUCCUACUAGAGGAGCAACCUGCUCGACUAGCCAUUGCCCUCCAGCUGUUCCUACAAGGCCUUGGGCUAGUCCCUGCCCUCUCCACCCACCACACUUGUCCCUCCCUACACACUAGCAUGGUGUUAGAGGGCAUAUCCGCCCCGCUAUACCCCAUAGCAGCCAGCUGAGAUAGAGGGAGAAACACUGCAACAUUGUCACUAUAUAAACACCGUUAUAUAUGCCGUGGCAGUUAAACUAAACAUGGAACAUAGACUAUAUAUAUAAGUGUUAGACAUUGUUUUGGUGAUCUGUACUUCAUUAAUUAUAUCAGGAGUGCCUUAUGUUUAGUGACCUAGGUAUUCAUGCUAUGUCUGUAUGGCCACCUAUUCACAGGGUGUGUUUUGACUGACUGGCUGACUUCUAAUCAUUCCCACAUAAUUAAUUUAUAAUAAACUGUGAAAGCAUUUUAUCUACUAUUACAUCAAGAUUGCACAACAUUAAA